UUGAAACUAUUUCUUCGACGUAUAUCAUCGUCUAGUGCUCCAAAAAGAAGACAACCUUCUGGCUAAAACAAAGAACGAAACGUCCCCAUGCUAUCAUCGCCCUCCACCACUCUCAUAUGUUUGGUGUUUGCUCUCCGACACAAACCAACGCCUGGCUUUGACCUUUUGAACAAAACAGGUAGGGCUAAAACAUUUAUUUUGCUCCAAAAUAGUUGUCCAUUGCUCCUGUUGCCACCUUUCACUGCAUGCCAGAGACAUUUCAUAGUUACCGGCAUCGAGCUACACUGCCUAGUUGAAGGACGAUUGGUAGCAAAAGCAGCAAAAUCACAAAUGAGUAAUGAGGUCAAAGUAAAUAUAAGCUCUAGACAUGCACCUUGGUUGAAGCAAACUAACAAUGAAGGGUCUUCAUGCUGGAUUGGAUCUAUGACGAUGACGCACGUUGUAAAGGGUCAUCGGAUGUCAAAGACAAAGAAGGAGAGUGGCCGGACGUUUUCCCUUGGCUUCGGUAUAUCUAUUGUCAUCGGUGAAGAGGACACCUUAGAUGGAGCACAACUUCGAUGGAACGGAGGCCUGGGUUAGGGGUGUUUGGAG